GACAACGAUAAUUACCGGUGGUUGUAUCUCGAGCGCAGCGACUGAGGCCAGGAAGACCGAACUGACCAACAACCAACGAAACCCGCGCUCGCUUUUCUGCCUAUCAACUAUCAACAAAAAAGACGAACGCAAACGGCAACAACGAACAACAAUUUCACCAAUUGUGAAAAGCUUAGUGUGUACGAAAUAUAACGAAACAAUAUUCGAAUUUCUUUUGUGCCGGGUUACUUGCCUGUCAUUGUGCAAAUUAUUAUUGACUAUAGCGCCAACUUCGACGUCAUCGCACUGUGCAAUUAUUCAAGUGAAAACAACACUAGCAGCAGCGUCAAAUACACCAACAAGAAUAAAAACUAAAACAGCAGCUAUAAUUAUUUGAACGCAUACGUGCUUAAAAUAUAUAAAACAAUACAAGUCAAGAGCGUGCCAUAAUUAUAUUAAGAGCAAUAGAAACGAAGCAUCAGCAUAACAAAAAUACAAAACAAAUAAAAAAAAAAAACAAAAGUAGUUAUCAAAAGCCAAAAUAAAAUCAAUAAACGGCAAUGUGCGAAAAUUGCUAACGAAAAAAACAACAUCAGCAGCAUCAGCAGUCAGCAAAAUCAGCAACACCAAUUACGAUAGCAGCCAUUAAAAUUGCCAACAUGAUUGACGCCACCUGCAAUUAUUUGAAUCCCUAUACACUGUCUCAAUCAACAGCCGUACAGCAGCAACAGCAGCAGCAUCAGCAGCAUCUACAACAACAACAACAACAACAACAUCAGCAACAACAACAGGAGCAACAGCAACCAGGUCAUGAUUUCAUUAGCACCACAUUGCUAUCCGCCUCCGCCUCUGCCUCCGUCUCCGCCUCCGCGUCCACGUCCACGUCGAACCGUGACUCUAAUGGCUCCUCCCCGUUGGCCUUCUACGGCAAACAAGCAAAUGCAUCAGCAACAGUUUCCGCAUCCACCUCACAUCAAGUGGUGCCGCCAAUGAAAUUGGAAAUGCAAUAUCCGCCGCAGGCAUCAUCUACUGGUAGUGCAUCGGCCAACUCCAGUAUAUCACAGUCAGCAGCUUCCUCGGCAUCGGUGUCACCUAGCAUAUUCCCAUCUCCGGCGCAGUCCUUUGCUUCAAUAUCCACUAGUCCGCCGGCCGCAGGUGGCUCCUCGUCGGCCACAGCUGCAGCAGUGGCAGCUGUAGCUGCCGCUGAUUUGGGUGCCGCAGCGGUGGCAAGCGCCACAGCCUACAGCUGGAAUACGGCUGCAUACACAGCGCUGCCAACAAGAACUCAAUUUCCGUAUGCGCAAUACGCAACUUAUGGAAAUGUGGCAACGGUUGGCGUUGCAGCGUCGGCAUCUGCCGCCUGGUUCUCACACCAGGAGCGACUGUAUCAGCCGUGGUCAUCACAAAGCUAUCCAAGCUUUAAUUUUGACGAUAUCGCCUUUCAGACUCAGCUUCAGCGCCGGUCCGUACGUUGCACCUGCCCCAACUGCACCAACGAAAUGAGCGGGCUGCCACCCAUCGUCGGGCCCGACGAGCGCGGACGCAAGCAACACAUAUGCCACAUUCCAGGCUGCGAGCGCCUUUACGGCAAGGCUUCACACCUUAAGACCCACCUGCGUUGGCACACUGGCGAACGACCGUUCCUAUGCCUCACGUGCGGUAAGCGUUUUUCGCGUUCCGAUGAGUUGCAACGCCAUGGACGCACCCACACCAACUAUCGGCCAUAUGCAUGUCCCAUCUGCUCCAAGAAGUUCUCGCGCAGUGAUCAUCUUAGUAAGCACAAGAAAACCCACUUCAAGGACAAGAAAGCGAAAAAAGCCCUAACCGCCGAGGCCAAGGAGCAGACGGGGGCCAUCAAGCAGGAGAAGUCCGAAAAGGCUUUUAACAAUAAAAAAGGGAUUAAGAGCAAAACUGCGACAGUAACGAUGCUCGGUAACAAUAUGCAAUUCAAACAGGAGCAGCCGGAGGCAACAAACACUUUGGGCUAUGCACCUUAUGCGAAUCUCAAUCAGCAAACAGCGAAGACAGCGGCAACGGCCGUGGUGGUAACGACUCUGCCGCCGCCACCGCCUCUAUUCCAGCCACAGCAGCAGAGUGAACCCUCGGCAGUCUCCAACAGUAGCAGUAGCACCGGCAGUUAUGAACCCUGGUGCACCAGCACCAGCACCAGCACCAGCAGCAGCAGCAGCAGCAGCAACAACAGCAAUAGCCACAGCAGCAAUAUUCGUGCCAUGGAACAAAACCAAACUACCUCAGCGAAUGCCAGACCCACAUCGGAAGGCUCAGCAAUGAUUUCCAGCAGCAUCAGCAGCAGCCAGGCCCAACACUAUACAGCGCUCUCCAUGCAGAGUGAGUCACAGCUGGCCUCGGAAUAUGGACUAACCAUGUCCGGGCUGGCAAGCGGCGCCUGUGAUAAUAGUAGCAGCAGCUGUAAUAAUUUAAGUAGUGGAUACUCUGGCCUUGUUGGUCCCAUGAAGACUGAUUAUACCGGCAACUAUCCGGCUGAAUUUUCCAGUGGCUCUGGCUAUGGUUAUGCACAUCAUCACGUCGCUCACGCCCAUGCCCACGCUCACAACCAUCACCAUCAUUAUCACAAUGCGUGGACCGCCGCUUAUCAUCCACAUGCAGCGGCUUAGACUUAGCAUUAGUCCGGAUUAGUACCUAAAUAAAUCCUUGUUGCUGUUGGAUAAUUAUGAAAAAAUUAAAAUCGACAGGUUAUUAUUAGCUCUUGAUUUUAAUUAUUUUUUUUUUUUUUUUUUACUGUGUGAAGUAUUAAAAUACAGCCAUAAUACUGCAUAUAUAUGCAGACUUAAUACAUAUUGUAUAUCAAUACCCUAAGAAAACAUUCUAAUCAAUCCCGAAAUGUAAGUUGAUGUCCUCUUUAUAUAUUUUUGACUCGUUAGUGACCUAAUUGUUGUUGUUAAGAACAUAAUAUACAUA